AGUAUACCAUUCACUGGGUCAAUGCUUUGUUGGGGUAUCUUCCAAGUCUAUGGCUAGUAGCUCCACCAAUGAUCUGCGCUAUGAAAACAAGCUCUAGUCAAGUGCUGUUGUGCGACAUAGGCGGUUGAGAGUCGUGAAAUCGCGGUGUGCUUAGCGCUUUGAGUAAACAGAACAAGAAAUUUUCCAAUCAAACGAGCUAUUAAAAAAACAAAAGAAAAAAUGUCCAUAGCAAAAUACAUUAAUCCCGAUCUGGUGAAAGAACGAAAGAAUGCCACAUUCGAUGUGGAUGAAUUCGCCGCCUGGAUUUAUGGCGAUGCAAAUCUAGUGCAAAUGAAGCGACUAGUCGAGGAAGAGCUCUACCAAGACCUUGAUGAUCCUUUAGAUUUGGAUUACUUAUCCUAUGAAGAUGUCUACAAUCGCGCUGUUAAACAUUCUGUAGAUGCAGCGAAGAAAUUGAGAGCGUUGCAAGAGCGCUUGCAUCCAGGCGGUAAUGAAAUAUAUCCUACCUUCAUGAGUGGUCCUGUUGGCAUGGCUCUCAUACCUGCCGGCACUCCAAUGGCUGUACAUGGCCUAAUGUUCACACGAGCAUUCAGAGGUCAAGGCACACCAGAACAAUAUGAAAAAUUCGGGCGGCGAGCGGACAACUGUGAAAUCCUUGGCACUUAUGCGCAAACGGAACUUGGACAUGGAACCUACUUACGAGGACUGGAAACACGCGCCGACUAUGAUCGCAAAACUGAUGAAUUUGUGCUGAAUACGCCCACUUUGACAUCGUACAAGUGGUGGCCUGGUGGAUUGGGUCAAUCGGUCAACUAUUGUAUUGUGGUCGCACAGCUGUAUAUCGACAAUGAGCCGUUGGGCGUGCAAUUGUUUGUAUUGCAGGUGCGUGAUGAGCAAACGCAUGCGCCGCUGCCGGGCAUCGACAUUGGUGAUAUUGGUAAAAAGAUCGGCAUGCAGGGCGUAAAUAAUGGUUACUUGGGCUUAAAGAAUGUACGCAUUCCACGCAUGAAUAUGCUGAUGAAGAAUGCUAAGGUGUUGCCGGAUGGCACCUUUGUGAAGAGUCCUGUGUCGCAGCUAGCCUACUUUCCGAUGGUUUACGUACGUUGUAUGGUUGUGCUGGGUAAUAGCAUAUUGCAUGCAGCAGCAGCGACCAUAACGACGCGUUAUUCGGCUGUAAGGCGUCAGAGUCCCAUAAAUCCAGACGGCCCGGAACCACAGGUGUUGGACCAUCUCACCCAACAAAUGAAAGUUGUGCCGGAGAUUGCUACGGCUAUUGCGUAUCGUAUCGCUGGUGGCAAGCUGUACAAAUUAUUCGAGCAAACGUCGAAGGAUGUCAAUCGUGGCGACUACUCGCGCUUGCCGGAGCUCCAUGCGCUGGCCUGUACGCUAAAAGCAUCCUGCACAUAUGAUUCAGCAUUUGGCAUUGAACGUUUGCGUCUGUCAUGUGGCGGCCAUGGUUAUUUAGCUUCAGCCAAUUUGGGUAACCUUUUCACAUCGGCUACGGCCGCUUGUACCUAUGAGGGCGAGAAUUCUGUAUUGUACUUGCAGGUUGGUAGAAUUUUAUUGAAAACCUGGGCGGAAGUAUUGGCUGGCAAGCAGCUAAUGCCUACAAUGACGUAUUUGAGCGAGUGCGCUAAUUGGAGUAAGUUUCCACAAUGGAGUGACGAUUGGAAGUGUUUGGCGCAGGCUCUGCAAUACACGGCUACCAAUAAAACACGCAUCGCCUUUAAAAGCUAUAAUGAACGAUUGAAGCGUGGUAUGCCGCAGCCAGAGGCAGUAAAUGCAACUGGUAUAGAGUUGACGCAGGCCGCUGAGCUCCACGGUCGUGCCUUUGUUACCAACAACUUCUUCGAAGAGGUUACUGGCCCGAAGGCAGCUAAACGUUCGACAUCACUGAAUAAGGUGCUCGAAGAUCUGCUUGAACUAUAUCUGGUACAUACUGUUCAACGACAUAUGGCCGACGUUUUGAGGUUCAUUCCCCUAACCGACGACCAUUUAACUUCACUGCAAACGCGGCUUGAAGCAGUGCUUGCUAGGCUGCGCCCCAAUGCAGUCACCAUUUGUGAUGGUUUCGAUUUCCAUGACAAGGUACUGAGCUCCGUUUUGGGUUGCUAUGAUGGCAAUGUCUAUGAGCGCAUUUUUAAAGCGGCCAAGAAGAGUCCCCUGAAUCAGAAAGCUGUGCCGGCGUCAUAUGAACAGCACUUGAAACCAUUUAUGAAGUCGAAUUUGUAAGGACGGAUGAGUGGGGUUUGAUGCUGAUGUUGGGCGAAAGUCUAUUAUGAAAACCUCUGGAGCCCAUUUUUGUACACUUUUGUAAAUGAUGUAAAUAAAUAUUAGAUUUUAUUUUUAA